UUGUCUGUGUAUUAUCCAUGUUACGACGGCACCCGAUAAAACAAAAAGGAACCCCAUAAUAAAAAGCCAUGAUAGACCCACUAACGGUUCUGAUUGAACGGGUUUGCAUCAAUCUAAUCAGAAAGACCAAUCCUGCGGUUUUGAUUGAUGGGAUUGACUAGCUAAGCCUGACACUUGUUAACACUGUAUUAUUAUUAUAACAGAGUGGCUGCUGCUGCUGAUAUAUUGAUCCAGUCCACUUUUGUUUUUUCUUUUUUUCCUUCUUCUUUUUUUCCUUCUUCUUUCCAUGGGUUUCUGUGCACCCAACUGAGAUGAAGCAGCAGAGUGCAUGUUAGUUUAAGCAAUCUUGAAUCUGGUUCAACUCGUUUACCAUUGGACCUUUGAGAAAGAACUUGAUAAUGGAUCAUGAAGAGAAGCUAUGUGCAGAAACUUGGGCAAAAUCUUCAUCUUCUGCUGAUGAAUUACCAAAAGACAUGUCUGCCAGCAAACCAUCCUUCAACAAUUUCAAUUUCAAUUUGCAGCAACAACAGAAAUGGCAAGAUACGUCUAUCUACAAUCUCAGGAUUGUUCCACCUUUCCAAGAAUUUAGCCCACAAUCAGAAACUCAAACUUUACAUCCUUCAGAUUGCAAUGAUCAAAUGAAAAUCAUGGAUCAAGAUGACAACCAAAUUAAUGAGACCCUUCAAAGCAACAAAAUCCAGGAUUGGGAUCCUAGGACCAUGCUUAACAAUCUCUCUUUUCUUGAGGAAAAGAUCCAUCAAUUACAAAAUUUGGUGCAUUUGAUUGUUGGCCGGAGGAGUCAGGUUUUGGGACGGCCAGAUGAACUUGUAGCUCAGCAGCAGCAGCUCAUCACUGCUGAUCUCACUUCGAUUAUUGUUCAAUUGAUCUCUACCGCAGGUAGUCUUCUUCCAUCUGUCAAGCAUACACUUUCUACAAUCACACCUGCUGGACAGCUUGGGGGGAUUCUUUUUCCUUCUGGGGCAGGAAUGAAUGGUAGUACACAACCUCAACAAAAUGCUGGAAGUAAAGUUUCUGAACAGUCUAACCAGAUGGAUGUUACUGUUAAUUGUGGGACUGAGCAGAACUACUCUAUCGAAGAACAUGAAUUGAAAGACGAAGAAGAUGCCGAGGAAGGAGAGAAUCUUCCACCUGGUUCGUAUGAGAUCUUACAACUAGAAAAAGAAGAAAUACUUGCACCACAUACUCACUUUUGCACAGUAUGUGGAAAAGGGUUCAAGAGAGAUGCAAAUUUACGCAUGCAUAUGAGAGGUCAUGGUGAUGAGUAUAAAACCCCUGCUGCACUUGCAAAACCCAACAAGGAAUCUAGUUCAGAAACAGUGCUCAUAAAGAGGUAUUCCUGCCCCUAUGCUGGCUGCAAGCGGAACAAGGAUCACAAAAAGUUUCAACCUUUGAAGACUAUUUUGUGUGUCAAAAACCAUUACAAGAGAACUCAUUGUGACAAGAGCUAUACUUGUAGCCGGUGCAACACCAAGAAAUUCUCAGUUAUUGCAGAUCUCAAAACUCAUGAGAAGCAUUGUGGCAAGGAUAAAUGGCUUUGUUCGUGUGGUACGACCUUUUCAAGGAAAGACAAGCUUUUUGGACACAUUGCUCUCUUCCAAGGUCAUACUCCUGCAAUUCCUCCUGAUGAAACGAAAGCACCAUCUGCCCCAUCUGAUAAAGGGGAUGACAAGACUGUUGGUAUGAACUUUAGCUUUGGCCCUGGUGGUGCUAAUGGAAGUGGAGCUCAAAAUAUUAUGGAUGUGAAGGUUGGUGUGGAUGAUUCUGUUAGUUAUUUUUCACCAUUGAACUUUGAUACCUGUAACUUUGGUGGGUUUCAUGAGUUCCCUCGACCUCCAUUUGAUGAUUCAGAAAGUUCAUUAUCUUUUCUUAUUUCCGGUUCUUGUAAUUACAAUCAAAAAGCUGGAGGGGACCCUAGUGCUAAUAAUCUUCAGCAACGUUUCUAGAUAUUUUGCUAUUUGAUUGUAUUAUUUAUCCUAGAGUUUCUAAUUGAUGUUAUAUUUGUAAUUGGAGGAUGUCCAUUGUAAUUGCAUUAGUUUAAAUAAAUUCUCCUCUUUAGCCAUUCAA